CAGGUGCCUCAAGCCCCGCCCCCUUUUGCCAGGCGCUAGCCCCACUUCCGGCCAUCUCAGGCCUUUUCCGCCAGUGCUGUGCCGGCUUUAUCUCUGCUCUGUAGGUCGUUCCCGGCCCCAGGCCCCGGUCUCUCGCGCCCUUCCCUCGCUCCCAGCGGCUCGUCGCUCAUCGCGAAUCUCUCCGUGGCCCGGAGCGACUCCCGUGCGUCUUCGCGGGCGGCCCGGACUGAGGCCUGCCGCUCGUGGUGAGUCCGCGCAGACGUGACCCCGAGUCUCCCCGCAGCUCGGUUGAGGACGCCUCCGUCGCCUCGGGAUGCCGGGGCCGGGGUCCGCACAGCGCUGGGCCGCCGCCGCGGGCCGUUGGAGCUGCAGGCUGCUCGCGCUGCUGCUGCUGGUGCCGGGGCCCGGCGGCGCCUCCGAGAUCACCUUCGAGCUGCCGGACAAUGCCAAGCAGUGUUUCUACGAGGACAUCACGCAGGGCACCAAGUGCACCCUCGAGUUCCAGGUGAUUACUGGUGGACACUAUGAUGUAGACUGUCGAUUAGAAGAUCCUGAUGGUAACGUGUUAUACAAAGAGAUGAAGAAACAGUAUGAUAGUUUUACCUUCACCGCCUCCAAAAACGGGACAUACAAGUUUUGUUUCAGCAAUGAAUUUUCCACGUUCACACACAAAACCGUGUAUUUUGAUUUUCAAGUUGGAGAAGACCCGCCUUUGUUUCCUAGUGAGAACCGAGUCAGUGCUCUUACCCAGAUGGAAUCUGCCUGUGUUUCAAUUCACGAAGCUCUAAAGUCUGUCAUCGACUAUCAGACUCAUUUCCGCUUGAGAGAAGCCCAAGGCCGAAGCCGAGCAGAAGAUCUAAAUACGAGAGUGGCCUAUUGGUCAGUAGGAGAAGCCCUCAUUCUUCUAGUGGUUAGCAUAGGGCAGGUAUUUCUUCUGAAAAGCUUUUUCUCAGAUAAAAGAACCACCACAACUCGUGUUGGAUCGUUUGACCUGGUAGAUUCCAUCUUUUACAUCUUCGAGAGGAUGCUUAUUGUGUUUCCUCAGUUUUAUCUUCGCGCCUCCUGGGGCAGCACUAUUCAGAACGCUGGUCUCGUAAUAGAAGAAGCAGCAGGCACUGAAGAUCUGUAUGCCUACUUGCCAAGAAUGCAUAUUCGUCAUUUUGUCCUUUUCACUGUACUCCUGUUUAAUGUGGAAGAUCCUUUUGGGACCCUCUUUUGCUGGUUUACACACCCUCCUCUCCUGACCUGGAUGUUGAUAAUGGGUGUCGGGAAGUCUAAAAUAGACCCCUGCCCUCUCUCUCUGUCCUGGGGUAAAAGUCCCAGUAUGGAUAUGAGUCAGAGACCUCAUGAGGCAGAUUCCAAGAAAUCCGACGACAUCUCCCUGCAUGACAUUGCCGAGCGUAGCCACGGUGCCCUGACGCCCUCUGGAGAGCGGGAGGGCACUGAGGCCACAGAAGAGGUGCCCGAAGAGGAUGAAGAGGAGGUGUUCCUCAAGUUUGUGAUACUGCACGCAGAAGAUGACACAGACGAGGCCCUCAGAGUCCAGAAUCUGCUACAAAAUGACUUUGGCAUCAAACCCGGAAUAAUCUUCGCCGAGAUGCCGUGCGGCAGACAGCACCUGCAGAACCUAGACGACGCCGUAAACGGGUCUGCCUGGACCAUCUUACUGUUGACCGAAAACUUUUUAAGAGACACCUGGUGUAAAUUCCAGUUCUACACGUCCCUCAUGAACUCUGUGAACAGGCAGCACAAGUACAACUCUGUCAUACCCCUGCGGCCCCUGAAUAAUCCCCUGCCCCGAGAAAGGACUCCCUUUGCUCUGCGAACCAUCAAUGCCCUAGAGGAAGAAAGCCGUGGCUUUCCUACACAAGUGGAAAGAAUUUUCCAGGAGUCUGUGUAUAAGAUACAACAAUCUAUAUGGAAAGAGACCAGAACUACCCUGCAGAGGCAAUCGAUCGCCUGAGAUGGAGCUCCCCACCCACGGCUGGCUCUUGUUUUCUAGAGCAAAUGAUUAGCCUUCCCUUGAGAAAGCACAUUCCUGGCAAGAAUUUAAAUAAAAGAGAACCUGGCUCUUCCAGAAACCUAGGAGCACCAAGAAAGCCAAGUUUCUGCGGGACCCUGUGCAGACUUGAGGUCCUUUGCAAUGUUGUUUCGAUAAACCAGAGAUUGUCAGAGUUUUAAGAACAUUCCCGUCGCAGUUCUCCUAGUUCAUGAACAUCACAGAGGAUUAUCCUUAAUUCACAUUCCUUGCAGCAACCCUUGAACCCAAACUUACAGGGUAGACACUGUAAAAAUACGGUAACGCCUGCAUUUUGUUCUCCAAGGACACGCAGAAGAAGACGUCCCCGGGAGAUGUGAGCACCCUCACUCUUGAGGCACCUCUCCGAAAUGUUGCAGCCCAGCCUUACUGGUAUCGCCACCCAGAAGGAUAGAGAGCCCCUCGAGAACAUUUAGAAUGUUGAGUUGUGAUAAAUAGGAAAUUAAAAGCAGAUAUGAGAACGGUGGGGCUUUUUAAAAGAAUCCAAUCGAAUGUAUUUUUUCUUUCUGCUGGAAUUUGUGUAUUUGGACACAGUGCCUACCACUGACUAGUAACGCCAUUCAGUGGCAUCCUGGUUGGGGACUCCAGGGAGCCGUGUCUCUAUGUCACCUGGAGUGUCUUCUGCCAGAUGUUCUCCUUAAUCUCUCUUAAGGCAGCCUUUAAAAAUUCCUGUUGGGGAGCCUGGGUGGCUCAGUCGGUUGAACGUCCGACUUCGGCUCAGGUCAUGAUCUCAUGGUUUGUGGGUUGAGCUCAUAGCACAGAGCCUACUUCGGAUACUCUGUCUGUCUCUCUCUCUCUCUCUCUGCCCUUCCCCUGCUCGUGCUGUCUCUCUCUCAAAAAUAAAUAAACAUUAAAAAUAAUUAAAAAAGAAGUUCCUAUCACAGUGCUCUACCCAGGAAGUAUUUCUCAGCUGGGUGUUCAGAGUAGCCAUCUGAACAAGAGCCAUCGUGUACAGACUGGGGACAGGGUGGAGUGCGAAUCACGUCAUGUCGUAACGGGGAAGGCACCCCACCUGAUUCUAGUCCAGUCUCUGCCACUGAGGCCGAAUGUGACCUUACCCUCCUUUAUCUGUGAAAUGAAAGCGUUGAAUUGAUGGCUCUCUAAAGGCCUUUGUCCUCUCCCAGAAUGUGAACAACUAGGAACCAGAAAAGCGAACAAGCAAAAAAAAAAAACAAAAAAAACACAAAAAACUAACGACACAAUUUUGUAAUGCAAUGUGUAAUAAUUUGCAGGAGGCUUUAGAUACACUUACAGUGAAAGGCUAUUCUGAUGUGUUGACAGCAUAAUUGAUUUCUAAUGCUAUCUGUUAACACUUUUAUGGUCGCCAAAGAAUGACAAUCCACGCUUGCUCAGAUUCUUUUAAAAUACAUUUUUUAUGGGGACCGUUGAGCAAAGACAUUCUGCUCGAUUUUUCUUUCUCCUUAUCCUCACUUCCCUGUAUCUCUUAUGAGUACAAGGGGUCUGCCCACAUCUUUCUGUUUCCGCCUCUUCAUAGCCAUGACUGAAUGUUCCAUGAGGAGCUUUUCCCAUAAUCCUGCAAGGAAGUCAAACCUGCUUUGCUAGUACUUAUUGAAGAACAGAUUGUCUUCAUUGCACGGUGAUGUUUUCUUUACUUGAGGCCCCUUUCUUUCAUAGUAGCUUGCUUACUCACUUUCUCAGUUUAAUAAUAUAUAUAUAUAUAUAUAUAUAUAUAUAUAUAUAUAUAUAUAUACAUAUAUGGAUUUUUAACCAUGCAGCCUCGUGUAUCACCGAUUUCAUCCACUAAAAAAACAUUAACCACCCACCCUUCAUGCUUAUUACCAAAGUUGGAGCUCCUGAUGCUGGAUGGCGUUUUUUAAAUAAAUGCUUUUAUUUUUUA